CUCGAUUCUUCUCAACAACACCUUCACCUCCCUCAGCCUCCCUCCUCCCCCACUCCCCCCCUUUACAACACCCUACACACCGCCGAGCUCAAGCUGGUGGUCAUUACAACACAAACACACACACAAGAUACACACAUACCAACACUGAAAAAAAAUAAAAAAAAUAAAAUAAAAAAAAUACAAAUUACCGAAACCACUCUCAAGAAUGACUGACACCAUCUCACAUCCAACCAGAAUCAGAAUCAUCUCAUCAGCAAACAACAACAACAACAACAACAGCAGCAUCAACAGCAACAACAACAGCAACUCACUCAAACGCAAACAACCAACCUACCAACAACAACAACAACAGGCAAACGAGGCUGCUAAUCAAACACUGCCUGGCACUUCAAAGAAGCUCACACUUCGACUCAGACCACCACCACCACCACCACCCCCACAGCAGCCAUCAUCCUCAUCCUCUUCCUCCCCGCUCCCUCCUAAUGCGAUCCCACCCACCGGACCAACUCUCGAUCAGAUUAACCAGAUCAGAUCACUUGGACUACAGCUAUGGCAUCGAAUCGUCAACUCAACCGAUGCUGAUGGUCGGUUACGUUCGAUCGAUUUCAUGGACCUGCCCUCCGCCGUCGAUUAUCCGGACUACUAUCAGUUCAUCAAACAUCCAAUCGCCCUCAACCUGAUCAAAUCUAAACUUGACUCCGAACACGACCCCUACCUCUCCUUGGACACAUUACUCUCCGAUCUCAAGCUAGUCUUCUCAAAUGCAAAAAAAUAUAACGUCGAGUAUAGCGGGAUCUAUAAGGAUGCUCAGGCUCUUCUGAAAAUCGUCCGCAAGGAUCCCUUCACGACCACCAGGGGUGGCGAUCUCAAAAAUCAGGCCGAGCUACCCGAACCGAAACAAAAAAAGUUGAAGCUCAAGCUUCGGCCAUCCCAACCCACUCAACCAAUCCCCACACCCUCUACCACCCCUGCAAACGGGAUCAAACCAACACCUCCAGCAACUUUCGUCAUACCUCCGACUCCUGUCGACCCGGUAUCACAAAAUGGAACCCUCGCCCAGACACAAUCACAACCCGCCACAGCACCCGCACCAGUUGAAACACGUGCCCAAACAACUGACUCUCAAGCACAGCCGCAGGCCUCCCCUAGCCAGCCCCAAGCUUCAGCCAGUGCUCAGCUUCCAUCAAUGUCUUCACAAGAAAUAGAGCGAAUACAAUCCGAAGUCAGGGCUCAGACGGAGGCUCGUAACAGGGCCCAAGCAGAGGCCCAACUGAGAGAACUGCGAGCUCGGGAGGAAUCUCGAAAACAGGAAGAGGCCCGCCAGCAUCAACUCCGACAACAGGCUCAAACGCGUCAACUUGAGUUACGACAGCAAGCUGAAGCCCAAAAAGCUCAACCACUACGAACUCAGGCCCCACCUCCCACACGCCCCGAAUCACACGCGCCAGCUCCUUCGCAAACCGAAUCACCACUGCUCGCACAAGUCCCCGUCCAAGCUCAUGCAAGAUCACCCGCGCGGGUCCAAGCACAACUACAGCUGCAAAGUCCCUCUCGAGUCGAGACACCAACCAUAAACCAAUCCCGACUCCCAGAAAGAUCCACCCCAACCACCCGUGCUUCUCAUGCCCGAGCAAGUCCACAAGUCGCAAGACCAACAACUCCCACUCCAUCUCAAUCACGGCUCUCUCCAUCUCCCUCCAAGCCUAAGAUCAACUUGAACAAGCUCAAACUCUGGAUCAGAACGGUCAUCGAGAACCUUGAAGGACUUACUGAUCGUGCCGGUAGACAGUUGAUCGAAGAGUUUCAAACUUUGCCCGACAAAGCUAGGUGGAAAAGCUACUACCAAAUCAUCCCUGAUCCUAUCGCAUUUGAAAAUAUCUCGACACGGAACAAUCGAACCGGUUAUAAAGAUUUCGAGUCUUUCAAAGAUGACGUGCUCAGGAUAUUCAAAAAUGCCCAACAUUUCAAUGAAGACGGUUCUAUGGUCUGGAAUGAUUCGAAAGUCUUGGAAGCUAAAUUUAUAGAAUUAAUCCAUCGUCCGCCUUUAGAAUUGGCCGACAUCGUGCUUCCACAUCUGUCUGAACUGAAUGCGAAGAAACUCAACGGUGGCCAAGCAACGACUCCAACCAGCUCCAUCAAUGGCAAGCGGAAAUCGCCAGGAAAGGAGACACCAUUGAAACAGGUGGAGCUUUUGUCGACACUUGCGGCUCCAGCAGUCCCCAAGGAAGGCUUACGUCGCUCGUCGCGCUCGCCCUCGCGUCCGCCCUCUGCACUCGGCUCUCCUCCGGUCACCCGCUCUUCACGUGCGGUCUCUCCCUUGCCCAGAAGGGCCCCCUCGCCCAUGGGCCCUCCCAAGAAACCAACACCCAUUCCCCCACAUUCUAUCGCCAACCCUCCCCCAACUCGUCCGCCCUCUCGCUUGGCUAACGAUAUCUCGCCCGCUCUUAUCUCGAUCGCGAAUUCUCAAAUCGGGAGCCGUAAUGUCGAUCCUUUGGUUAAUCAACUCGGCCCGACUACAAAAGUUAGAUCGAUGAAUGUGAUCCCGAUUAAAUCUGCGGAUGGAUAUCCACCCAUGAUCAAUCGGUUCAGGAUCACCAGUCGACCGAAAACGAUGGAAACAUUAAAGAUCAAGAACAAGCGAGUGUUCCAGCACGGCUUCCGAGUUCCACGGACGACGGAGACGAUUGUGAUAGAGAGUGAGCUGAACCGAGCGUGGCCGAUGACCCGGCAACUACGCUCAUCGAUCGGGCUGAUCAAGGUCAAAGUCGAACAAGUCCGCGUCCGCGGCGUCCCAGAACGUCUUCCGCUCUCUCAUCCUCCUGUUCAUCAUAAUUCGACUCCUGCUCAUCAGCCUGGAGAAGGAUAACGGGGUGCUGGCUACCGAAGUCAAACUGGUCGACGGCCUCAUCUCGUCGAACUCGCCUUAGUCGGCAGACCCGAUGCUCAUAAAAACGACCUCGCUGCCGCGUCCGUUAAUCUUCUUGCUGGUAUCGAUGGGCCUGCAAUCAUUCCUUCUUCUAACUCCUCACUCCCUGGUACUCCGCUUUCUUCUACCUCCUCCUCCUCUUCCGGCGGAUUAGUUAGAGAAUCUUAUCGGUUAUUUAUCUAUAGAUAAUCUUCCUUUUCUUUACUUUCGUCUCUUUUUUUCUUUUUUUCUUUUUGGUCUCUUGUCCGGUCCCAUUUUUUCCUUCUUUCUUCUCUCUUCCCUCUUUAUUUUCACUCUGUUCUUCUUUUUUUUCUUUUUUGCUUUUUUGAAAGUCUAUCUGAACAAGUCAGUAAUAACCCAUUUACACAUAAAACAUUUUAUCUAUAAACAGAGGUAAACAACAACGAAAAUACUUAGAUACAUAUAUGUAUAUAUGGAUCUAUAGGGCUGAUAUCUCUCUUCUCUGUGUCAUUUCUUUUUUGAAUUUUGAUUGGUACUAUUUCCUUUCCUUUUUUUUUUUUGAAGUUGAUUAUAACCACAUAAAUAAAAG